CUGGAGAAAUAUUACAAACAUGGACACAGUUUGGGUUUUAUCACCCGUGUUGGUCAGUGACUAUAUUCGUAAUCUGAAGAGUGUUUAAGUACACUGUUGGGUAGCUGUUAACUCCAACAGAACAGGUAGAUUUCUCUUUUUUUGUUGGUUCCUCAAAUAAUAAUCUGCACUUUAAUGAUGCCAUGAUUGGAUUUGUUUCGGUAACAUUUUUUUUUACGAAACUUUGAAGUCUUGCCAUGUGAAUGACAUUGGCAGAGGGACAGCGGAAAAUGAUUUGGGUGGUUCCUGCCAUGUAAUGACCUUGUCCUUGAAGGGAUGGAUGGAGAGAGGGGGAGACAGAGAGAGAUGGAAAAUAGCAGGAUCGAUGCAGAGGAAAAUGUCACAUAAUAGUGAAACCCAUAUAGGGGAAAAAAGACAUGGGGAACCAGAAAGAAAGACAUCUUUUGUGUAUAUCUGUGUGUGCAUGCCUAUGCAGCUGCAAGUGUGUGAGUGUAUAUAUUGUGGAGGAGCCUAUGUCAGGAGCUUCCCUUGUUUUUCCAUGGUGGUAUAUUUAGGGGUUUCUGUGAUUUGAGACAAUGAAAGAAAGGAGGAUGAAGAAUGGAGGUUGCAGGGAACAAGAUGAUGCACUGAUGGGGGGAUGAAAUAAGGGAUGAGAGGAGAGGAGAGGAGAGGAACUGGGUGAGAAAACAGGGAGUCACCUUGGGAGGGACAAACUAGAAAAAUGGCUGUCUUGGCAGCCUCAAGGAUGACUCAGCUGCAAUAUAAUUACAGCCUUGGCUUGUGUUCACUUGCUUUAGACCUGUAUGAAUACUGCACUGAAUACAUUAAUGUUGUGCAAUUAUCAAUGUCUGUAUGUUUAUUUGGAGGGUUAUAAAGCUAAUGACCAGACACAAAACAGCAGAAGCACUUCACAGUUUGAUGGCUGUAAAAAAAAAAAAAAAAAAAUCCUAAAAUUGAAGUUUCCAGAACAUCAGAGAAGUUGUCUCAGUCACAGCACCAGCUGCUGGACAGUCAGCAGACUGCAGGUGUAGUUACCUGGUUUGUCCACAGGGGGCAGCACCGACCUCACUGCUCUGAUGUUUACUUCCGGUGGUAGUUAGCUCCCAUCUGACCAACGAGGGAAAGUUCAAACAAAACAACACCAGCUCUGUAACGAAACAGCCUUUAAUGUCUAAUAACAUGCAUCAACCACUGUCUUUAUUAGAGAGAUGGAUACAGGAAAACAACGAGUUGGUAAACAAAGUGAAGCAGCAAGAAGAAGGAGGAGGAGGAGGAGGAGAUGCAAUGAGCCGAGACCAGAGCCAGAACCAGACCCAUCUGAGAUGGUGUUCCUCUGAGUUUCACAAACUUUUAAGGAAAAUCCAAGGUAUCCCUCCUCUUGCAGAUCACACACAGUUGGAGCUGACAGUGGUGUACAAUGCCUGUAUGUGCUCCACUGCUCAGUCACAGUUCUCAGAAGCUGAGCUGUUCCUCACAAAAGCCACAGAGAGAGUUCUACAGAUGACAGGAGAUGACCCUCUUGCUCCAGACCCUCCUGUUUUUUGGAGAACAGUUCUCAAAUCAGUGGGAAACACAGCUUUGAAUCCCAGUGUCCUGUACCUUCUCUGUUUGCAGUGGGCCAUAUGGCUAUCCACCUGCCAGCUGAAAACUAUACAGGAAUGUCAGGAUGAGCUGUUCUCUGAGUUUGACAUGCUGUCUACUGGAGUUUGGGAUGAGGAGAGCAGCGAGCCAAAGGGAAAGUCCUCUGACAUUCCACAACUGGUGAUGGACCCAAGAAGGCUUAUUGAAUUAUUGCAGAUCUGUACUUUAAUUGCCCAAGGUGCAGAAAGAUUGAGCGAGGGUCGGAGUUCAGAAGCGUUGUCUAGUCUGCAGACAGCUUCCUCCCUGCCUGCUCCCAAAACUCUAAUAGCAUACACACACCUCCUCUCAGGCUCUUGCCUCGCCCAUAUGACGCGCCCUCAGAUGGCAUUGCAGUGUUACAGGAAGGCACUGGAGACAGACUCCCGGUGUGUGUGUGCUCUGUACCAGAGCAUGCUCAUCUACAGACAGCUUGGCAACACACAGGCUGAGAUACAAGCUCUUCGUUUGCUUCACUCAACUUUGAUGUUGCCCUCUGCCACAGAGCCUGCUCUGGCUGGGACUCAUCUCCUCUCCCCGUCCUCACUGCUGCGCAGCCAAUCACUGAGCAGCCUGCUCUCAGUUCCCUCUGCCCUCUCUGUCCUUCACAAUCUGGCCCUGAAAUGUGUGCUCCAUGGGAGGGUGUCAGAGGGUGUGGAAUAUUAUUUGGACCUGCUGGCUGCUCUUCACUCAGAAGAUCAACAUGGACUGCAUGCUGAGGGCCCUCCCCUCCCCAAAUUGCCUGAGCUCUACCUGCAGGCCGGCGCUGCCUUGCUCAUGGCCCGACGGCCAGCUGAUUGCAUGGCGCUGUGCGAUGAAGUCAUCAGUACAACACUGGAGCUGCUGCCAGAGAAGAUGGUGUUGGAAGAGCCAGAGGAGACAUGUGAGGCUGAGACCAGGGCUCUCUGUGGAGAGGGUGAGGAUAGGAUGGGGAUGCUGCUCUGGGUGGGAGCUGCCUACCUCCUCCAGGGUCACUGCCACACUCACCUGAGAGACUGGAAACAAGCUGUGACUCACUACACAAGGUGUUUCAACCUGCUGGUGAGGGUGCACUUUGAAAAGAGAGGCUUCCCACCACAGAUCCCCAGUGCAGAUAUGGUUGGCAAGCAGGGAACAGAUCUGUGUGUCCUCCAGAGGCUGAAGGGGCUUUCACUAGCUGGUAGGGGCAUCAGCUUCACCCAGACAGACCGACUGAGAGAGGCACUGAGAGACCUACAGCUCAGCAUGCAGGCAUGCCCAGAGUGUGUGGGUGCAGGGCUGUGGUGUGGUGAGGUGCUGUGGAGGCUUGGCAGGAGACGGGAGGCAGCCGCUUGUUGGGAAAAGACCUGGAGCGUCACCCCACAAUCCUCAGUAGAGAGUCUUUCUGUGUACCUACAGGAACCUCAAUCUGGCCCUCUGUUGGACUCCACGGAGCUGCGCCGCAGAAUACAGGAACUUGGUCCUACCUUGACAGCCUAGAGAGAGACAAAAGAAGAAUACCCUAUCACUUACGGAACAGGAUCAACUUUCUCUGGCCUGUGAACUGAAACCCUUACCCACAACAAACAUGUAUCUAUUGGGACAGUACAAUGAAGCAUCCUGAAAGGGCUUACAGUGUUUGAGACAUAGUGUGGGUGGUAAACCUGGCAGGUAAUUUAUGCAUGAAAUGAAGAUUACUUGUCUUGACAUACUGUAGUUUGGUCACUGGAGGUCUGAACUGACUUGUAGGAAAUAAAAUGUGUAUUUUGUCCAGGCAAGAGUAAUAAACACUUUUACUUUAAUAAUUGAUAAUGAUUUUCAAGAUAAAGCACAAUACAUAAUACUUCAGAAGAUACACCCCAUAAACGGUUUGCUGCUCUAAAAUGCCCAUUUAUACAGAUUUCCGUAUGGAUUGCUCCUACAAAUACAAAUAAAUUUGCUCCGUUCCUUUGCCUAGUUUUGCAUACGCUGUUAAUCAAGAGUAAAAAAUAAAAUGUUUAUACAAUUCUUCAGUAACAACGCGGUGCAAUGUAAUUGGAUGACAGAAGUUUGGUGACAGGCGUAAAUGAAACUGGAGGUCUGAACUGGCUUGUAGGAAAUAGAAUGUGUAUUUUGUCCAGGCAAGAGUAAUAAACAGUUACUUUAGUAAUUGAUAAUGGUUUUCAAGAUAAAGCACAAUAUAUACUAAUUCAGAAGAUACACACCAUAAACUGUUUGCUGCUCUAAAAUGUCAUUCCUGCAGCUGUCACACUCCACAACCAGCACUGCUCCCAUUAGACCUCAAACACUUACACACCAAAAAACUGACAAGAACCUGAUAUUUUCAGGUGGAAUUUCAUUAAUUCAUUCAUUCUCACUGUGCAAUAUCAUUUUACACUUAUGCAAUUUUGUUUAUUGUCUGUUUAUUGUCAAUACUGUAUAUACUGCUCCUAUUUUUAUACUGCCUUCUAUUUAAAUGGUUCAUAUUUUGUUACACUUUGUUUAGCUCUUUUUUUUUUUAACUGUUAACUGAUGCAUCUUGUUUUUUGCACUAUCCCCUUUGCUCCUGUACACUGCAAAUGUCCCCACUGCUGGACUAAUAAAGGAAUAUCUUAUCUUAUCUUAUCUUAAAUAAAACGCACAAAUAAAUUUGCCCAUUUCUUUU